UCACUUUAUUCCUAAAUGCAACAGAUCGGAAGCUGUGUGUGGGAGAAACGCAUUGUCUCUAUUGUGGCGAAAGAAACCACGCCGUGAGAAUAAAGCACGAACGCAUAAAGACGCGAUCAAAACAAACGGAAAGUUACAAACGCGCAAUAUCUCAUUACAAUCGUGAGAUUCCUGGACCCAGUGUGAACCGACAUCUACAACAUCGGGCUGCAACACACAAAACGGAAACAUCAUCCGAUUCCAUCAUGGAACCUGCUAGAUCAGAAGCAAGCAUCCUUCCCAAUGGGAAAGGUUGUGACCUGGGAGAGGAAAUGUGUGUGCCGAUGAAGUCUAUGAUGGAGGACGACCAACAUGAUAUUCAAAACAGCAAAUUUGAUGACCCCGAUGGAGCAUUGGCUGAGAACAUUGAGUUUCUCCCCAGUGGUGAGAGCAAGAAGCCACGUUUUACUGACUUUGAAGGGAAGACCUCCUUUGGCAUGUCAGUCUUCAAUUUGGGCAAUGCCAUCAUGGGCAGUGGAAUAUUGGGAUUGGCAUACGCCAUGGCCAAUACUGGCAUUCUUCUCUUCCUGUUUCUCCUCACAGGCAUAGCUGGUCUCUCCUGCUACUCCAUUCAUCUCCUUCUCAAGUCCUCUGGUGUUGUGGGAAUCCGCUCAUACGAACAACUGGGAAUGAGGGCUUUUGGAAUAUCAGGGAAGCUGGCGGCCGGAAUCGCGAUCACUCUCCAAAACAUCGGAGCCAUGUCCAGCUACUGUUACAUCAUCAAGUCCGAGUUCCCGCUGGUUCUGCAGGCAUUUCUGAGGGCAGAUCCCAACUCAGGGGAAUGGUAUCUUAAUGGUAACUACUUGGUCCUACUUGUGAGUGUGUGUGUAAUCCUGCCUUUGGCUCUGAUGAAACAGUUGGGUUACCUUGGUUAUACCAGCGGUUUCUCCCUCAGCUGUAUGGUCUUCUUUCUCACUGCAGUCAUCUAUAAAAAGUUUCAGAUUCCAUGCCCAUUCGAAGAGUAUACAUCUAAUAAUACAUUGGCACACGUGCAUUCAAAUGAAACGGUUGGCCAUGCCCACACCUAUCACAACGGACAUGACAUGGACUCUCACUGUAGCCCCCAGAUGUUCACUAUAAACUCACAGACUGCAUAUACCAUCCCAAUACUGGCCUUUGCUUUUGUGUGCCACCCCGAGGUCCUGCCAAUCUACACCGAGCUUCGCAACCCAAAUCAGAGGAAAAUGCAGCACAUUUCCAAUAUUUCAAUUCUGAUCAUGUACGUCAUGUACUUCCUUGCUGCUCUCUUUGGCUACCUGACGUUUUACACUAACGUCGAGCCCGAACUUCUACAUACCUACAGUAGGAUCGACCCCUACGACACUCUCAUUCUCUGCGUGCGAUUGGCUGUGCUCACUGCCGUGACCCUGACCGUGCCCAUCGUUCUGUUCCCGGUUCGAAGAGCCAUUCAGGAGAUGCUGUUUGCUAAUAAGACCUUCAAUUGGAUCAGACACGUGGUCAUCGCAUUCACCCUCCUGGCUUUUAUCAACUUACUGGUCAUCUUUGCCCCCAACAUCCUAGGCAUCUUUGGCGUCAUUGGUGCAACAUCUGCUCCGUGCCUCAUCUUCAUCUUCCCUGCUGUUUUCUACAUCCGUAUUGUUCCGAAGGAUAAAGAGCCAACGCGCUCUACCCCUAAAAUCUUUGCCGCCUGUUUUGCUGGACUGGGCGUGUUGUUUAUGAUAAUGAGCUGGAGCUUCAUCAUCAUUGAUUGGACAUCAGGAAGCAGCAGUUCUCUGGGUGGCCAUUAGAGGGCAAACUCUGUUGAAUGCUGAGUGUAUGUGCCUUUAAAUGAGAGUUAGUGGUGUAUUAUAUUAGAAGAUGGUUAUUUUUUUAAGCCUUAUUUUUCUUGUAUGAAACAGAACUACAUUGAGUUUUUAACCGAUACAGAACCCCUUUGUUUCACAAUCUGGAACUAAUAUAAAAAGGCUAUACUAUAUAUAUCAAUGUACAUUUUUUAGUAUGGAUAAAUUAGUGCAUCCUCUCUUAUCCUGUAUAAAUGUGCUGUUUUGGCUCAAUUGUGAAGUUUAACAGUUUUUAUUUACCCCUCUUUGCUUUAUCAACCACAACGAACUUGCCACACCUGACGGCAAGUUCUGUAGAAACAUGGAUAUGUAAAUAUUCAGCUAUUUAAUUUUCCUUUUUCUAUAGCACAAGGAGAUUGUAGAGAGAUUAAGAUUUUGAAUGGUCUUCUUUAGAAUAUUAGUUUAGUAUGGAUGAGAUGAGAUGGUAGACACUGUAGCUCUGCAUGAGGUUUGGGACAAUCAACAAAGUAAAAUAUCACUUCAGUUAAUUUACAGUAAUGUUUGUCAGAGGAGAGUCUGGUUUAUCAUAAUUCAGUGUGCCAAAGCAAAGGAUUUUUAUAAUCUAUCUUUCAUAAAGUAUAUAUUGUGUUUUUCCAAAGAAUGCACAGUAGAAAUGAAAUCCAAGGCAUGCCUUGAUCACAUUGAGAUUUGAACGAUGAAAACGUAUUUAUUUAAAAAUAUUAGCUAUAUAUUGCAGUUCACUGGAAAAAAAGUAUUAGUAUAUGUUGUGGUAUUAAUGUAUUCUUCGAAUUAGUGUCUUUUAGCAUUUUUGUUUUUAUAAAAAUCAUGCUGGAUGACUUCCACGCAUCUGAGGCUAUUUACACAAAAUCUUGCUUGACAAAGUAACAUUUAUGAUACAAGGAAACCUUGCAUGUACAUUGUAACAAUGCUUUACACAAAAUGUUACCUCAUCUGUAUUAGAUCUUCAACAAAGCAUUACUCUUAGGAAAGGUUUAAUUGGUUGCUGCUCUCAGUAUCUCAAAUGAAAUUGAUUGUAAAUGUAUUUUUUGUUAUCUCUGCUGUUUAACAUUCUUUCAUAGUGUGUUUCUUGUAUUCUGGCUUAUUUGGCUUACGAAGUCUAGAACGCAGUGUUUUUAUCUGAAGGACACUAUUGAAGUUAGCUGUUCCCCUGUUUGGUUGCGAAAUAUUUAUCUCUUAGCCGGUGAUGAAGUUUGCUAGUGGCACAUGUUGGGAACCUUGAGCAAACAGGGUUAACAUAAUUAAACAUCCCUUUAAUAUCACAGGACGCUAAAAAAGUGCCUCUAAUGGAACCUAGUUAGUUACUUUUUAGACCUACUGUAUUAUUCUUACUAUCAAUUCUAAUAUAAUAAUUUUAAUUUGCAAUUGCUUUCAAGGUCUUUGAAUUGUUCUCUGGCUUUAAGAUAUGCAUAUGUUAAUAUAUUGCAUUUGUUAAACAACAGAAGCAUUAUACCUGUUGAAAUUUUAAUAUUUUCUUCUGAUACCCAUUUUCUAUAUAUUUUCUCGUAAGUAUUGCUACCUAUUUGUUAUAUUGCAUCUCUUUUUUCUGGUAAUAAUAUUAUAAACAACACCAAAUGUUGUAGUGAUUAGACCUAUAGACCUAUUGUCAAUAGACCUAUUGUUUUAAUGCAUUAUUUGCAUCUAUAACAUCUUUGUACUUGGUACAGUUGGGGAUCAUAUUUACUUCAUCCGCAUAUAAUGUAUAUAAAUGUUGCUUAUAUCUGUGAUGCAUAGUUUGUAUAGUGUAAAUAGCAAAAAACACUGACAAUAAAAAAGCUGUUUUUAAAGCGA